UCUUCAUUGAGAGCUGCUGGUCGCGUAGGCAGAAGUGGUUCGUCUCCGGCAGCGCGUUCAGGAUCACCUCCAUCUACACCGAUAGCGCUACCAGCACCUACAACACUGAACAAGAAAGUAAAUCCACUUGAGGCUGAUCAGAACCUUGUGCCAGCAAUACUUCUUGAACUCGAGCGAUGUGAUGAGGACUUGCAAACGCUUUCGCACGUUAUCACUC